AUGUACGUCCUCAAGCGCGACGGCCGUCGCGAAGACGUCAAGUUCGACAAGAUCACGGCCCGCAUCACCAAGCUGUGCUACGGCCUCAACCCCGACUACGUCGACGCCGUCAAGAUCUCGCAAAAGGUCGUUGCCGGCGUGUACCCCGGCGUGACCACGUCCGAAUUGGACGAACUCGCGGCCGAGACAGCCGCUUACCAGAGCACCCAGCAUCCCGACUUUUCCAAGCUCGCGGCCCGCAUUGCCGUGUCCAACCUGCACAAAAACACCAACAAAGUCUUUAGCGACAACAUUGAAGUGUUUCACAAGAACGUGCACGAAAAGACGGGCGCUGCGGCACCGCUCAUUGCCGACGACGUGUACGCCGUGGUCAUGCAACAUAAGGACCUCUUGAAUUCGGCGCUCAUCCACGAUCGGGACUUUGAGUACGACUAUUUUGGGUUCAAAACCCUCGAACGAGGUUAUUUGUUCCGGGUCCACGGGACCGUCGUCGAGCGGCCGCAACAGAUGAUUAUGCGGGUCGCCCUUGGCAUCCAUAAACAGGACAUUCCCGCGGCGCUCGCGACCUACGAGCUCAUGUCGCAAAAGUUCUUCACGCAUGCAACGCCCACGCUGUUCAACGCCGGGACGCCGCGGCCGCAACUGUCGUCGUGCUUUCUCUUGGCCAUGCAGGACGACUCGAUCGAGGGCAUCUACGACACGCUGAAGCAGUGCGCGUGCAUCUCCAAGUGGGCCGGCGGCAUUGGCAUCAGUAUGCACAACAUCCGCGCCACGAACAGCUACAUUCGGGGCACGAACGGCUCGUCGAACGGCAUUAUCCCCAUGCUGCGCGUGUUCAACGACACGGCGCGGUACGUGGACCAGGGCGGCGGCAAGCGCAAGGGCUCGUUCGCCAUCUACUUGGAGCCGUGGCACGCCGACGUGUUUGAGUUCCUCGAGCUGCGGAAGAAUCACGGCAAUGAACUCCAUCGCGCGCGCGAUCUGUUCUUUGCGCUGUGGGUGCCCGACCUGUUUAUGAAACGCGUCGAAGCCAAUGGCCCGUGGAGUCUGUUUUGCCCCAACGAAGCGCCAAAGCUCUACGAAGUCUGGGGCGACGCGUUUGACACGCUGUAUGAACAGUACGAACGAGAAGGCCGCGCGCGCAAGACGAUCAAUGCCCAGCAGCUCUGGUUUGCCAUCCUCGACGCGCAGAUUGAGACGGGCGUGCCGUUUAUGCUGUACAAGGACGCAGCGAACCGCAAGUCGAACCAGCAGAACCUCGGCACGAUUCGGUCGAGCAACUUGUGUUGCGAAGUGAUGGAGUUCACGUCGCCGGACGAAGUGGCCGUGUGCAACUUGGCGUCCGUGGCGCUGCCCAAGUUUGUCGAAGACGGUGUGUUUAACUACCAGAAGCUGUGCGACGUGACCAGCGUCGUGACGCGGAACCUCAAUAAGGUCAUUGACGUCAACUACUACCCGGUGGCUGAAGCGCGCACGUCCAACAUGCGCCACCGACCAGUGGGCAUUGGUGUCCAGGGUCUGGCGGAUGCUUUUAUCCUGAUGAACUACGCGUUCGAGAGUGCGCAAGCGCGUGAGCUCAACAAGAACAUCUUUGAGACGAUCUACUACGCGUCGAUGAAGACGUCGAUGGAGAUUGCCAAGGAACUGGGGCCGUACGAGACGUUCCAGGGCUCGCCCGCGAGCAAAGGUAUUUUCCAGUUUGACAUGUGGGGCGUCACGCCGUCGUCAGGUCUGUGGGACUGGGCGGAGUUGAAGGAGAACGUGAUCAAGUACGGCAUUCGCAAUUCGUUGCUCGUGGCACCAAUGCCCACAGCAUCGACGGCGCAGAUUCUCGGCAACAACGAGUCGAUUGAGCCGUACACGUCAAACAUGUACAACCGCCGCGUGCUGGCCGGCGAGUUUACGAUUGUGAACAAGUAUUUGAUGAAAGAGCUGAUUGAAUUGGGCAUCUGGACGCCCGAAGUCCGAAACCAGAUAUUGAACGACGGUGGCUCGGUGCAAAAGGUCAAGGCCAUCCCGGACGACGUCAAGGAGAAGUACAAGACAGUGUGGGAGAUCAAGCAGAAGUCGGUCUUGGAUCUCUCGGCCGAUCGGGGCGCGUACAUUUGCCAGAGCCAGUCACUGAACAUUCACAUUGCUGACCCGACGAUCAGCAAGCUGACGUCCAUGCAUUUUUACGCCUGGAAGAAGGGGCUCAAGACCGGCAUGUACUACAUGCGUGGACGCCCGAAAGCGGACGCCAUCCAGUUUACUGUGGACAAACAGGGCCUCGAUCUGCAGCGCGCCAAGGAGGAGGAGAUUGCUGCUACCGCUACGCCAGUCGUUGAGAUCGUGGCGCGAGCAGGCGACGACGAAGACGAGUGCCUCGUGUGCGGCGCCUGA